UCAUUAUCUUAUCACUUUACUGUGAUCUACAUUGUAGCACUCCGACGCGUGCUUCAGCACGCGUUGUGUUUUGUUUUUUUUUCCAUUAUUUUUACCGAAUUUAUGUGACGUGAGUGUACACAACAUGAAGAAGAUUAUAUUUAACCUUAUAUUUUUAAUAAGCCUAUCAAAAUGUGCGGUAGUGCCGAGUAUACCGGCACACCUGCGGGACUGCUACCGGGCAGGAGCAGGAGUGUCCUACCUGUCGGCACCGAGGCGACUCGACGUCUACCUGUCCCUGUUGAGAAAGCUGGAACUCAAUUUUCAACUAGAUAUGCGGCUAUUUAGUACAGCUUUACUAAGAAGUCUGCGGCUAGAUGGCAUUGAACAAUCAUCUGCUAACGCUGUCGAAACAGAGUUCAUAUUGCCGUACAGAGCUUCAAACUUCCAAUUCCACAAGUACAAAAUUCUGAUGGACAUAUUUAUACCAAGCCAAGAUCUUAUAAGAGUUAAUGAGACGCUAACCGUAUCUGAGACCUGUCUCUUACAUAGAAUGCUUAGUUCGACAGUCCGAAGAUGGGAGAGGGGCGAUGAAAAUGUUGUAUGCCCCUUAACACAGCAAUUGUCUGAGAACAGUAAUAAUAUGGAGACACAAAGCAGUGGUAGGAUAAACAGCAGAUGCCCCAUAGAGGAAGGUGUGAUCCAAACACACUGGGGAACGAUAUCGGCUGGUACAUUAGUGUCAGCCAUCGCCGCAUCAUUGGAAUCUCAACGGGUGUCCGUGACAGACAUACUUAACGCAAACAUUUUCAAACAAGAUGUCGCCGAGCCCCUCAUGAUAUCUGCCAAGCAAGAGUGGUUCGAGGAUAUAGAGACGUUGGAUCCUGUGGCACAACCUGUACAAAGACAAUCGGAUGUUGCCGAUAUCAGUAACAUUUGGGUUGCUACGUUGGCUGGUGACUUAGCAGAAGUGGUUGUGAACCAGGGUCCUCGCGUGGGAUCCGAGUCACGGAACAUUUUGGUAGGCAGCAACAACCGAUGGAACGAUACGUUUUUACCGCGAGACCAUUACAUCUUCCCACAAAACUCGUCUAUAGUCGACUGGCAUUUUACUGAUGCUGAGAUAUUGGCUGGUAUUGAUGGUCUCAUAUUGUCAAGCUAUGCACCAAAAUGGAUGGCUCUCAGACGGACUCUCAAGCUAUCUCAAAUCAUUGACAUGUAUUAUUCCAACGAAGGCGUAUCUUUCGAUCCAACGGUGAAGGCUUGUAAUCGGCAGAGUCUCUUCAGCAACACAGUGAACCGCACAGAUCUGUUCACCGAGACCUCUAGAUUUGCUCAUGUCUUGUCACUGCGUCAGAUCACUGUGUACAUACCAGUGGAGGAAAUGGAGAGGAUAACAAACGCCGCAGUGACCGCCUUCAUGGAUUAUGUUCCCACUGUUCUGCGGCGAAAUCAUCGUGAUUGUCAAGUCACCAACAGCGCACCAAUCAUAGACUUGAUAGUUGCUACGGACGCGUCUUGGAAAGGCUAUGACGUUGAACAAUUCAUGUCAUGGAUCGGUGGAUCACUGGAAAUAAAUAUGCAGCGCGGUUCUAUAGGUCUGCUGCAUGGUAACACUGGGGCAUGGAUCGCGCCUCCCUCAUACAAUCUCACCACAUUGAACUCUCACAUAAGGAAUUAUACUGACGAAUGGCCGAAUCGCCUGAAUCUUCCCAGAGUGAUGUCCACAAUACUUCAGCAUUCGUUAAACAAGACGUUGUUGGACAUCUCCAAAAACGCGAGCGCGGGCCCCAGCACCGUCGUCCUCAUCGUGAGCCCCACGGACCGACCCUCCAACACAGAAAUGGAACAAACCAGGCAGCUCAUGACGUCACUCAGAUCCACAUACUUCGACGUCUAUUUCGCAUACGUUGCUACAGACUUAUCCGAUUUCCAAAACAUCAACAAUGAAUACUUAGAUUACUCAGAAUUAUUCUUAAGGACGCCGUCGACGAGUGUGCAGGAUGUCAUAGACGCCGUGGAUACUUAUAUAGUGAAGAGCAACAUUCCAACGAGGUUGAUGGGUGCCCAGUGUCCCUUCAACAAUACGGCAUUCCAGCAAGUCGAGUAUGAAGACUACGUAUUGCCGAACAGGCAGGCCUUCUACCGCAUACACCCCUAUUACUUAAGACAACAGAACUUCAUACAAGUUCAGUUCCGCACGGCGGGGCAGGGCGACGUGCUGGUGUGCAUGUGGCGCGGCGCGGAGGCUGCCCACAGCUGCCAGGUGCUGCCGGAGCGCGGCGCUCACGCCUUCAACCUGUCCACUCCGUGCCCCUCGCCCGACUUCUGUCCGCCCGCACAUUUCACCGUCACCGCCACUUCCACAACCAACAUGUGUGCAAAUAACGACUGCAGAUUUCCGCAUCAAGUGGGAUACUACAUUACCCAUGCAGGCUUACGAUGUUUACCACUACGAGGAGAUUCAAACAUUUUAAAACCUUGUAUUACGUUGCUUGUUAUAAUUAGCUCUUUUCUUUUCAUUUUAAGUGAAAAGUAGCUCAAAAUUUUUGCAGGUCAACAAAAAUGCAAAAUAUUGGUUUAGUACCCCUGGUGGGACUCGAACCCACAAUCCCCGGCUUAGGAGGCCGAUGCCUUAUCCAUUAGGCCACAGGGGCUUGUGUAUCUUGUGCGAAUUUAGCAUUUAUUUAAUAUGCAUUAAAAUGAUAAUAUGAAACUAAUUUCUAACCGUUAUAAGAAUUGAAAAUUUUGAUGGAUUUCGCUAAAAAUAAAAUUAAAAAAUGAUUUGUGUGAAUUGACAUAUUUAGAUUUGCACACUAUUUAUUCUUAAUUUUAUUAUCGACGAACAUCUAUAGUAAGGAAUUUUAUAAUAUAUCAGGAUAUAUUAAAUGGCCGUAAGAUAAAACAAUUUCAAAACUUAACUUUUUCCUAUGACAGUUUAUAAAAGUGUUCAGAUAAUACGUCAUUUCUGACUUCUACUGCUUGGUUAUUGACUGACAAGUAUUAAAGAGUAAGAUUUAAAUUAUUGUUGUGUUCUUUAUAAUAAUGCUAUUAGUUUAACUAGGUCAAAAUUACAGCCUAUUUUAAUUUUAAAACAUUUAGAUGAUCUGCUUAACACAGAGCCAUCUAUCGAAAUUGAAUGGAACUGGAAUCAAUCUUUGGCCAGUGAAUGUCAGUACUUAUUACAUUAUAGAUGGCGCGGAAAUCCUCUUAACCCUUUAAAGAGUUAUUGUGUCCCUUGUGUUUUUAUGUUUUACCGAAAUUAAAACAGGAGGGAAACAUGAUAGUGGCAAUCGUAAUGAACAUUAAUCAAUUAAUCAUUAUUUACAAUAUAUUUCAGUGUAAACUUCUAUAUUUUAUUAAGAAUAUUUAUGUAAUAGAAAGUAAAAAGUACAAAUAAAAACAUUUUUUUAGUUUUAAUUAAAACACUUUUAAUUCUUGUUAUAAAUGUACCCUUAUUUGAUCUCUUUACGUAUCGACUCCGUGGCGCAACGGUAGCGCGUCUGACUCCAGAUCAGAAGGUUGCGUGUUCAAAUCACGUCGGGGUCAAGGAUCUAUUAUCUCUUUCUUUUGCAUUCUUUUAUACUCAUUAUUAGGUACCUACUAUAUUAAUUUUAUAUAAUAAUUUUAUUUUUAAUCCAUUAUUUAAAUUUAAAAAUGCAUCACAGUUGCUUGCAUGGUUGGUAUCAAUAUACUGCAUAGUUUAAACAGCGAUGUAUUGACCCCGACAAUAACGUUUAACGUAAAUACAAUAUAAACUAAAUCCACCUGAAUCCGGUAAAAGCACUGGUUUACUUCGUAAAUGAUUAGUUUAUUCCAGUUACUAAGCAAAUUCGUGAUUCGUAGCUACAUGAAAAAUAAAUAAUCAUUAUAUUUACUUUGCAUUUAAACUUCUACGCAACUUUUUUUUCAUUUUAGUGUCAACUGAUAAAACUGUUGAGAAUGUGUAGAGAGAUAAAAAUACAUCAAUUAAUUUCCUAUCAAAAAAAAUCUUACGAAUUAAUAAAUUUAAAGCACGCACUAAUGUCUGUCAAUGAUCAAAAUCGACGUUGCUCAAAUACUUUCAAAAGCGGGAGUGGCUCUACGUCACUAUUCACAGAUCGGACCUUAUUACUUCACGUAUUCAAACCCAUUAUUGACUUACCUAUCAAAAGUCACAAAUAUUCAUCCAUCAAUUUAUCUGAAAUAUUUUUGCGACUUUUUGAACCUGCACUAAUCACUGAUGAAAGUCAUAUUCCUAGCCGCGGUCUGUCCUCUGCAAUAGCCUCGUAAAACGCAUCGCUUAAAUUUGAACCUUAGAUCCUUAGUGAUAAAAUCUUUUUACUAAUGCCUCGGGAAGUCAUUAGUGACUUUUUGUUUCCCAACAUUUAUAACCGAGACGGUCAGGUGACUGGCUUACGUGUCGACUGGCGCCUUUUCAAAUGAAUCGCAUUCUUGUUCAUUCACUAGGGCUGGGGAUUUUUUUAUUUUGAAACGUUUUCAGUUACACUUGUUACGCCAAUGAACUUGUUGUAGUCGGCGAAUUUCGAAGUAAUAAAAAAAUCACGAAAGUAGUUAGAAGGUAGUUUAUACGUCGAUAUAACAAUAAAAUUGUCACUAUUUAACAUAAAUAUCGAUAAUGAACGUCUUUAUGCAGAAAUAAUGAAAUUUAUGGAAAUUGCUUUCUUUGUAACAAAUUAAUAUCCACUAACAUGCUAAAACAUACUCCCUGCUUGACCCAUUAAGGUAUUUUUGUUUUUUUUUGUAUCCUGUUAAAGCUUCCGUAACUGAUUCCAGUAAAACUUCCCAAAAAGGAUGAUAACCCUAUCUCACAAACACAAACAAGCAUCCUUGUGAGUGUUUCCCGCAUAACUAUUUCCAGUUACGUGCAUAUGCACGAACACGCCUUCCAAUUUGACGAUGUGUGCGUGCCUGAAGGUUUGUUUGUGUUCAGUUUCGAGGUCAUAAAGUGAUUGGCUUAUUCGAAGUAAAAACAUUUUUAUCAACCGUCAUACACGUUCGUUUAGUUAAACAUUUAUUAGCUGGUUUCGGUUAGUUCUCCUAAUUGUUUGUCACGUUUUAUUUUAGGUGAUGCAGUCAGGUUCUUUGAAACUAUAGAUGUAAAAAAUUUACACUUGAGUUGGCUUAUAGGUUGAAUAUGUAUACAGUAGAUACAUAUACUCGCAUGGCUGUACAAAUAUGAAAUGAGCAUGGCGACCUUGUCCUUUGUCAUGUGUUUUUUACCCUAAGCGUGACUGACAUUUCAGUUGUUUUUUUAACCUUCAGCGGCUGGCUAGUGCACGCGCCUCCAAAGAAUUGGUUGCUGACGUCAGCCAGUUCCAAAGUUGACGCAAAUCAUCUAAUGUCUUCUCAUAUGUCUUCGUUAUUGUCUAUUAAGUUUUCUGAACCUUUUGAUCGAAUUGACCCCCAUUCUGGUUGGUGUGCGUGAGCACUGUCACAUCUGUCAUAAACAUUAAUUUAUCGACUAUUUCAUGCAGAAUGAGAAUGUUUGCAAUUUAAAAUGUAAUUUGCGUAACUAUCAGUUAAUAUGCUGUACAAAUUUGAUCUGAUUUAUGGAUAUAAUAAAAAUAUGUGCAUCAUAUUUGUUUGUGGCUAUGAACAAAGUAAAACUGAAUUUUUAAUAUAAGUAUGGUAAAAGAA